CGCCAGGCUCCGCACUUUAAGCCGGAGGCGGCUGAACACGCUACCCGCCGGCCGCCCGGCCUCCCGGCCCGCCAGCCCCCGGGCUCGGGCCCGCGCCCGCCAUGGGCCCGCGCCGCCGCAAGCCCGAAACCCCGAGGCGCUCGGCGACCCCCCGCACCAGCACCCGGAGGGGCGUCUCCCCAGGUACCCCUGCCCGCCAAACACGUCGCCGCACAUCCCUGGUCCUGAAGGAGAUCCGGAAGCUUCAGAAGAGCACGAACCUGCUGCUGAGGAAGCUCCCCUUUAGCCGCCUGGUAAGAGAAAUAUGUGCUAAGUUCACGCGUGGUGUGGACUUCAACUGGCAGGCCCAUGCUCUGUUGGCCUUACAAGAGGCUGCAGAAGCGUUUCUGGUCCAUCUCUUCGAGGACGCCUAUCUGCUGUCCCUGCAUGCCGGCCGCGUCACCCUCUUCCCAAAGGAUGUGCAGCUGGCCAGGAGGAUCCGAGGCAUCCAGGAGGGGCUGGGCUGAGCCCGCUGCCCAGCACUCAGCAAACACACGGGGGCUGCCUCUGCGUCUCAUCUGUGGGAUUCCCUCUGGCUCUGUCUGGAGCUGGAGCUGGGGCUGUGUCCAGAGCCUGAGCCUAGGGUGCAGCUGGAGGGGCUCCCCCUGAGCAGAGCAUGUAUGUGGCUUUUGUCAUGGGGAUUUUGUGAGAAAAUUUCCAGGCUUUCCUUUGUAGCAGAGGUAAUAAGUAAUUCUUCUCGAGAAUUUUCAGAUGCCCCAAGGUUGGCUUCCAUUUAUAAAUGUUUCACAGGACUGAUUAAUGAUUGUGAAGACAUCUGAUCUGCUGAGUUGCGAGAAAAAAGGAGCUUUGCCUAUUAUCUGAACUGUUGAUGUGCCAUGUAAGCUUUACCAUCUGCACCUUUGCUUUUAUUUAAAACACAAGGGGAAAAAAAGAGGAAGAGGCCACCUCACUCCAUUGGACGGGAGAGCCACACACAGCUGGCGUGCGGAUCUGUCCUUCAGCUUUGCCUCAUCAUUGGGGACCACAAGUCCCUGUCACCUACACUUGCCCUGUGGACAGCUUUUCCAGAACUCAAUUGGAAGUUAAAGUGGAAGGUUUCUUAUGUUUUUUUUUUUUUCCUACCAAGCACUGCUCAGUUCUGGCUUGUGGUGUGGGGGAUUGAACCUGGUCCUUUGGGGCAUCCGACAUAAUCAUUAUGCCAUCUACUCCCGUCAAGACAGAUAAUCUUUAAGUUCAGUAUUUUAGCUCCUUCUAGUAAAUGCCUUCCAACCGUUCAGAAAUCCCAACUUGUGUCACAGAAUUUAACCUCGGCUUUUUUAGAAGAUGUGUCAUAAUUUAUACCUAAGAUUUUUUUCAUUCUCUGGGAUAUUAAAUGCAUCUUUUCACUAUUUUUAUGAGUAUGUUGAUAACUUUGUGGAAAGAGAAUAAAAAGAAUUCUUAACGAAAAAGAAUUUUCAGCUGUUA